AUGGGGUCCAAAGGCGACAAAUACUCAGUCAUUCUUCCCACGUACAAUGAACGCCAGAACCUGCCCGUCCUGGUGCAGAUGCUCUCCGAUGUCUUCACAAAGGAAAAGUUAAAUUGGGAAGUCAUCAUUGUCGACGACGCCUCCCCCGACGGGACCCUCGAGCGAGCAAAACAGAUCCAAAAGUCCUUCGGCUCCGACCACAUCGUCUUGAAGCCCCGCGCAGGCAAAUUGGGCCUGGGCACCGCCUACGUCCACGGGUUGCAGUUUGUGUCGGGGAACUACGUGAUCAUCAUGGACGCCGACUUCUCGCACCAUCCCAAGUUCAUCCCGGAGUUCAUCAAGAUACAAAAGGCAACGAACGCGGACAUCGUCACGGGCACCCGGUACCGGUCGAAGAACGGACUCAUCGGUGGCGUGUACGGAUGGGACGCGAAGAGGAAGUUGACCAGCCAGGGCGCCAACAUCCUCGCCGACUUCCUCCUGAACCCCGGUGUCAGUGACCUGACCGGCUCGUUCAGGCUGUACAAGAAGGAGGCGCUGGUCAAGGUGAUCGAGAAGACGCAGUCAAAGGGAUACACGUUCCAGAUGGAGAUGAUGGUGCGGGCAAAGGCCAUGGGGCUCAAGGUCGAGGAGUGCCCCAUCACGUUCGUGGAUCGGUUAUACGGCGAGAGCAAACUGGGCGGCGAGGAGAUCGUCGAGUAUCUCAAGGGCCUGCUGUGGUUAUGGUGGUCGGUCUAA